GUCCACACCCGUGUAAAUUUUCCAACCAAAAAAGGACCCAAACAAAUAUUAAUAGAUAAUAAUAAUAAUAAUAAUUAAAAAAAUAAUAACUAAAAAAAUAAUAACAAUAAUAUCAUCGUGAAGGAGAGAAAGAUGGAUCUAGUCUGCGUCUGCGUGAGGAGCAAUCGUUGCUAACAUCAUCCUUUUUUUCAAUUCGUUUCUGGUUUAUUAAUCCGUUCUGUCUUAGAAUAGGGGAUAUCCUUCUAGUUCGGGCACUUCUACCACUUUGUGGAAAUGGAGGAUGUGAAAAAUGGCGAACAGCUACCACCAGAGUCCUCUUCAUUGUCCAACCAUGAUGAUCAUUCUAGUAAUGAGACUACAGAAAACCCAGUUCUGAAUGGAAAACUCGAAAACAACGGUGAGUCAUUGAUGACUGGAAACUCGAAGUUAACAACUGCACAAGAUGCUUCUGAGCAAGACCAACUUCCUCCAACAGACAAUCAGGCAUCUAGCUCAACAACCACGGAACAAAGUCAAGCAUCUGAUAGCCCAUCUGUAGAACAAAGUCAACCUGUUCUAUCCGAUUCUCCAGCCUUGACCUCACCAGAAGUAAUUAAUGAAACAGAGACCCAGAGUGAGGGUGUUGCGGUGGAAGGUUCUGAAAACCAACCUUUACAGGAUACUUCUAAUGUUUCAGCAUCCCAAAGUACAGGCAAAGAAAAUGAUACAGAAAAUCACAGUAACGUGGUGGGAAAUUCUGAAAAUGCAGCUGCACAAGAUUUUCCCGCAACUGCUCCCUCUGCUUCCUUUUCAGAGGCAACAAAUUAUAAAAAUGAUGACGUGGUGCAAUCUGUUGAGCUUGCUCUUCCCAACACAAAGGUUGCUGCAGUUACUGUCGUAAAACAAGAAAGUGCUGAUUCUCCUAAACAUGCUAAGCCACUUGACGUAAACAGAGGCCUCAUCGAUACAACGGCACCUUUUGAGUCUGUUAAAGAAGCUGUUUCUAAGUUUGGAGGAAUUGUUGAUUGGAAAGCCCAUAAAAUCCAAACUGUAGAGAGACGCAAACUUGUAGAACAAGAGCUUGAGAAAGUGCAGGAGGAGGUUCCUGAUUACAGGAAAAGAUCAGAGACUGCUGAAGAGGCAAAAGUGCAAGUACUAAAAGAGUUGGACAGCACUAAAAGGCUCAUUGAAGAAUUGAAGCUCAACCUAGAGAGAGCACAAACAGAAGAGCAUCAAGCAAAACAAGACUCUGAACUCGCCAAGCUCCGAGUGGAAGAGAUGGAGCAAGGUAUUGCCGAUGAGGCUAGUGUUGCUGCCAAGGCACAGCUUGAGGUUGCUAAGGCUAGGCAUACAGCUGCUGUUACGGAGCUGAAAUCUGUUAAAGAAGAGUUAGAAGCACUGCGUAAAGAAUAUGCUUCUUUGGUGACUGACAAGGACGUAGCUGUAAAGAGGGCUGAAGAGGCUGUUGCUGCGUCCAAGGAGGUUGAGAAAACAGUAGAAGAACUGACUAUUGAGCUGAUUGCAACAAAGGAGUCAUUGGAGUCUGCACAUGCUGCCCAUCUCGAAGCAGAGGAACAAAGAAUAGGAGCAGCCUUGGCCACGGAGCAAGAUUCUCUUAAUUGGGAGAAGGAACUAAAACAAGCUGAAGAGGAGCUCCAGAGACUUAACCAGCAAAUUCUAUCAGCGAAGGAUCUCAAAUCGAAAUUGGACACUGCCUCAGCCUUGCUUGCUGAUUUGAAAGCUGAAUUAGCUGCAUACAUGGAAUCAAAGUUGAAGGAGGAAAAUAAUGAAGGACAGUCAAAAGGAGACAUAGAGGAACCUUUAAAGAAAACUCAUACUGAUAUACAGUUAGCAGUUGCUUCAGCAAAGAAGGAGCUUGAGGAAGUCAAGCUUAACAUAGAGAAAGCUAUUGCUGAAGUGAAUUGCUUGAGGGUGGCUGCCACCUCGUUAAAAACAGAACUUGAAACUGAGAAAUCGGCCCUUGCCGCCAUUCGGCAGAGAGAAGGAAUGGCAUCAGUGGCUGUUGCAUCUCUUGAAGCAGAACUGAACAGCACCAAGUCAGAAAUAGCUGUUGUCCAGAUGAAGGAGAAAGAAGUCAGAGAAAUGAUGGUUGAGAUACCUAGGCAAUUACAGCAAGCUGCACAGGAGGCUGACCAGGCUAAGUCACUAGCUCAAAUGGCUCGUGAAGAGCUGCGAAAGGCAAAGGAAGAAGCAGAGCAAGCAAAGGCCGGAGCAAGUACGAUAGAGAGUAGGUUACUCGCAGCACAAAAGGAAAUAGAGGCUGCUAAAGCAUCAGAAAAAUUGGCGUUAGCAGCAAUUAAGGCCUUGCAAGAGAGUGAAUCCGCCAGAAACUCUGAUGUGGAUUCACCCACAGGGGUAACACUUUCUCUAGAGGAGUAUUAUGAGCUAAGCAAACGGGCCCAUGAGGCAGAGGAGCAGGCAAAUGCGAGGGUUGCAUCUGCCAUUUCUCAAAUUGAGUUUGCCAAGGAAUCUGAAUUAAGAAGCUGGGAGAAUUUGGAAGAAGUUAACCGGGAGAUGGCUGCUAGAAAAGAAGCACUCAGGAUUGCGAUGGAGAAGGCUGAGAAGGCCAAGGACGGGAAGUUGGGAGUAGAACAUGAGUUGAGAAAGUGGAGGGCAGAACACGAGCAACGUCGCAAGGCAACCGAAUCUGGUCAAACUGCUGUAAAUCCCGUUAAAAGCCCGAGGGCUAGCUUUGAGGGAAGGAAAGAAGCUAUGGCCGAUCGGGCCUCUGAUGCUGCUGUCCCUGCCCAUUAUGCUUCAAGCCCGAAGUCAUAUGUAAGCAAUAAUGAAACUGACUCAUUCCAAGAACCAAAGGCUGGAAAGAAAAAGAAGAAAUCCUUGUUCCCCCGGUUUUUGAUGUUUUUGGCUAGGAGGAGGGCACAUCCGACCAGGUCAACGUAAUCCUUACUGGAGCUACUACAGGUCGCUACUGUUACGAUAAAAUGUCGUAAUUCUUAUUAUUGGCGGUUUCUCUUGCAGUGAAAUGUGAAUGCUGAAUCGUAUACCUGACAGAAAUUUCUUGAAUGUACAUGUUUGUGAUUGUUUAGUGUACAAUAUGGUGAUUGGACAUAUAAUUUUUCUCACUUAAGUGGUCAUAUUUCUGGUGAUUUUGGAGCAAUAUGUUCGUUAAAGAUGCUUGAGAAGAGGGAAUAAGGUGCUUCUAUAAUGUAUAGGCCUUGUCUUUAAUAUUUUUUUUUCCUCGGAGACCGUCAUGUAUAGGCCUCAAAUGCUGAAAGUUUACUCUUGUAAUAGCAUUUUCGAGUUUGCUUAAUGAAAGGAUUUGGUUUGAGUUUCUUGUGA